CCCUGAGCGCGAAUCGCAGCAGUCGCUGCGUUGUUGUCUGCGCAUUUUCGUGUUUUUCACUCUGAUGUUAUUAUUUUCGCCGAGUUCUUUAUUGUUGUGAUUUUAAUUAAAGUAUAACACAAAAUACGUCGCGAAUAUCGUUUUAUUGUUAUUAUUGUUUGCCUGUGCGCAUUUUUGUGUGUGUGUAUGCGUGCCAUGGAAACGCUCUAAAUGUCACACAGAUACACACACAAAGCUACAGAUACAAAUACACAGCUGCAGAUACAGAUACAAAAUGGUCAAGUCGCUGGUAUCCAAGCUGCAGGCAUCUUCUAAUCUCUCGCUAGCGCAAACAUUCGGCAAAAAUUCGGAGGAAACAAAUUACGCAAAACAUCGCAAUGAUCCCGGCAGAUUCUUUGGGGAUGGGGUGCAGUUCAAGGCCAAGUUAAUUGGCAUUCUGGAGGUGGGGGAGGCGCGCGGAGAUCGCAUGUGCCAGGAGGCAUUGCAGGAUCUGAAAAUGGCAAUACGUGCUGCCGGCGAGCACAAGCAAAGAAUCAUCAUUCAUGUAACCAUUGAUGGACUGCGAUUGAGAGAUGAGAAGACCAGCGAUUCCCUCUAUCAUCAUCCCGUGCACAAGAUCUCGUUUAUUGCCCAGGAUAUGACGGAUUCGAGGGCAUUUGGUUACAUCUUUGGCUCGCCGGAUAGUGGACAUCGUUUCUUUGGCAUCAAGACGGACAAGGCGGCCAGCCAGGUGGUGUUGGCCAUGCGCGAUCUCUUCCAGGUCGUCUUCGAGCUAAAGAAGAAAGAGAUCGAGAUGGCGCGUCAGCAGAUCCAAGGCAAAUCCCUGCACGAUCAUGCCAGCCAGCUGGCCACCCUGUCCGCAUUGAAAAGUGGCCACAGUGAGCUUGCCACCGGCAGCAGCUCCUCGUCCGGCCAUGGAGUUGGACUCAGCAUGCUCGGUGGCGCCUCCUCCAACGGAGUUGGACUCACACGCUUGGGUGUUAAUCUGGAUGUGGCCAAGACAUCCGGUGCAGCGGCCAAGGAGAUCUCGCCAGAGUCCGUUGCGGAUCUUGUGGAUCUGGAGCAGGAGCUGACCUCGCUGCAGCGUGGCAUCAGUCAAAUGGAGCGCAUUACGCCCAAUGAUCCCACAUCAGCACACUCGGUUCUCAGCCUGGCCAAGUCCGCCAGCGAGGAUGAUCCCUUUGGGGAUUCCUUCAUCUAUGUGCCGUCGUAUAACAUCUUGCCACCGCCACCCGAAUCUGGACGCACGCGUCACAAGCCACAGGCCAACAAGACGCCGGAGAGCACCUUGGAUGCCAUGUCCACGUUGCUAUCACCGGCUCCAGGUGCGAGUGGCUCACCUGCCACAUUGCAGGCGGAUGACGAUGACAGUUGGUUGCACGAGUUGCAGCAACAGAACGACGUCUUCGAUACCACUAAGGUGACGACUACACCCACGCCCAUGACAGCCGCUGCCAUGCUCGCAAAUCUACCAAUGGCACCGCUGGCGGCCAGAGAAUCAUCGGCAACGCCCACGCAACAAAUCAGCGAACUCUCCGCACCACCAACCGCUCCUCCCCCCGCUGCCCCGCCCAUCGAUGUGGGGUUAAGUGCUCUGGCCAAUCUCGCAGCUCCAACAGAGGCGUCGACGGGAGAGGGGGCGACAACGACGACGACGGCAGUAAUGUCGGAGCAUACCUCCAACAUCACCACACUGGAGGACGAUGGCAAUCCCGUGCUCUUGCCACGUGACACGGAUCCCUUUUCGCCCACGCGCAAGAAGAGUGACCCGGAUCCUUUUCAGGAGGGCGAUCUCUUUGCCAAGCUGGAUGCCUUUGAGUUUGACGCACCUCAACCCACGGGCAACUCUUCCUCAACAGCAGCCGGCACGGGAAAUGUCUACAAUGGACCACUCCAGGUGCAGUUGCCUCCAGAGCAACAGCAACAACAACAUCAACAUUCAUCGGAGGGUUGGCAGGCGGACAUCUCCCGCUUGGAGCCGACUCCAGCUCCUGCUCCUCCUCUCAACAGCAGCGUGAGGCAUCGUCCCACUCCAGUGGCCAGUGUGGUCAAUGUGGGUGGGCCCCUGGACGUCAUCUCGAGCAUAAGCAACAAGAAGAUGCCGCAUUUGUUUGGCCAGGCGCGUUUCUCCAAGCGUGGCGACUCCUCCGGCUCCGUCGGCUCCAGCGUCAACAUGCGUCGCCUCCAGGAGAGCGAUUCCCUCAGCGAGAACGAGGCGGCACCGGAGCCACCACCACGUCCCGACUCCACACCUUACGCGGAGCCUCCUCCGUUGCCGCCGAAGAAACAGUUCAGUGAUCUGGUCAUUAGACCCACUCCAGCAGCGCCACCUGUCGGCCGUUACGAGUACUUGAACCAUGGCAGCAAUCAGCUAAGAAGAAGCGUCGAUGCUCCUCCCAUUCCACUGCCCUCACGGCGUGUGGGACGCUCCGAUGGCAACUUUCCGGGUCCGGGAAGACCUCGGAAACCCGGACAUACCGAGGAUGACUAUCUGGCGCCCUUGGGCUGUACUCCGCCGCCCCUACUACCGCCUCCCACUCAGAGCAGCAGCAGCCGGGCGCGUCCACAGCGUCAGGCGUCUUUGGGUCGUCCCCAAGACAUCUACGAGAACAAAGCGGAGAUUCUGCAGGCGGCUCAAGCUGCCCAAGCCAAAGAGGCGGCAUCAUUGGCGCCAGACAUAACGUUGACGCAGUUACUCACGCUGGGCAUUGAUGAGCUGGCUUCGAAGUUGAAUGUGCCCGUCAGCAAGCUGAGCACCAUGACGAUCGUCCAGCUCACUGCUUACCUAUCCGAGUAUCUCCAGUCGAGCAAUGACCAGACACAGCCCAAAUCCCGUGCUAGUCCAGCUGUGCCGCUUCAGUCACCGGGAAAUGCUGGGUCCAACUCCACCUCGGCGGUGUUCAAGGUGAACUUUGAUCAGCAGACCUCCUUUGUGGCCAAGUUUGAUGAUACCUUCGGGGAGGAUGUGGGCCAGGAUGCUUUUGUAGCCAAUUUCGCCAACUUCAAUGAGGCACCUACACUGGCAGCUCCUGCCGUGCCUCCAGCGGAUCGGUAUGCGGUCUUCCGGGAGAUAAUCGAUCAGGAGUUGCAGCAACAACAGCAGGAAACGGAUUUGAUGGGGGAUUUGACGCCUCCUCCCGUGGACGAAGUGCAGCAGGAGCAACUGCAGCAGCAGCAGCAGCACCUUCAGCAACAGCAGCAACCUCAGCUGGACAUGGAUGUGACCGAGUUGGAGCUGGAGCAACCGCCUCCCAAGAUAGAUACCAAGAUCACAGAGGUGGUGGCCCAGGCCAAGGAUCGGUAUGCGGCACUGCGAGACAUCAUCCUAGUGGAGAAUCUUUUUGUCAAGCCGCCGUCGACUGCAGCUCCAGCUGUGCCCGAGAAAGAUCUGUUGCAGGAUCUGUUCAGCGAUGAGUUCAACGAGGAUCAGGACAUAAGGCAGAUCAUGGACAGUGGUCACGACAGACGUGGUCUGGUAGACAGUCGUGGCUUGCCGGCGGACCCUUCAUCCUCAGCUCUCACCGUUGCCGAUGAUGAUGAUGACGAUGAUGAGGAUGCUGGCGGCGAGAGCAGCAUGGACAGCAAUGAAAAGGAUGCGGAGCCGGUGAGUGCACAGGAUCAGUAUGAGAAACUCUCCACAAGCGCUGAGAAACCCGAAUUCAAGACGGAGGAGCAACUGCCCAACCCCAAGCAAGACAGCAAGUUCCUCACCGUGUUGAGUGGACCAAGCUGUGUUGUCACCGCUGGACGGGAUGACAUUGAGAUCGACGAGCUUAUGCAACGUGCCAUAUCGAACCUCUCGCUGGACUCCAGGGAUCGCAUAUCCCCGGCUACAUCCUCAGCUGCGCCCUCUCGUGGUCCCCUGCCCAGUCUACACACGCCCUCGCAGUUCAACGAUAUGAGCACCUCGCCUAUUCCUCUCCAGAAAUCCCCAGCGCCAACUCUUAAGCUGGCUGGUCCAUCUCCCGUGCCCUCACAGCUUUCGGCUGUCUCCCAACUGAUCGACACCGCCACCAAGCAGAUUCAGAGCGAGCGGGAUCGAGAUAGGGAACGGGAGAAACCUCCUUCCUGGGCCACCUUCGACUCCCCCAAGGUGGCAACUGGCAGCAGCGGGGGCAAGGGUAAGGCAAGGUUGACAUUACCCCCGCCUCCUGCCUCCAACACAUCUCAGCAGGACACCGCAGAGUCUCCAUGCAGCUCGGAUCCUCGUGACGAUGCCGGCGGAUGGUCCAAGCAACAACAGCAACGUCGCUGGGCCAAGAAGGAACGUCAGCAGACGUCCUCAUCAUCGCGUGAUCUCAGUCCCUGGGAUGAUGAUACUCCAGAGUACUUGAAGCAGCAGCGACGUGGCAUGCCACCACCCUCCCAGUUGCCACCGCAUCCACCUGCCCAUGGCUACUACAUGCGACACGCCCGACGCCUGAACUCUUGCGACGAGGACUACGACUACGAAGCAGAAUUCUGUGCUCGCCGUGAUCGGGAGCAGCCACAGCGCAAGUUCAAGCAAGGACUCUCCCGCAGCAGGGAUAACUUUGAGCUGGAUUCCCCCAGCUGGUACCAUCAUCAGGCACAUCACACCUGGUCGCCCCAGGAGAUUGAGCAGGGAGUGCGGGCACGUUCCUUUGAGCGCAGUGCCUACGAGAGAUCGAGCUACGGUCCGCCGGCUCCGAUGUACGACAAACGUAGUCAGCCAUUGCCCAGAGAUCGAGAUCGGGAACGGGAGCGAUCCAAGUACCGUGAAAGGGAGUAUCGAGAUUAUGCGCGUCCUGGCUACGACUUUGACUAUGAGAACGUAUACGAGGAGCGUCGCUCGCCCAUGGGAUUAAGCUACAAGUCGCGUCCGGAGUAUCUCUACGAUCGAGACAGGGAUCGGGAGAGGGAGCGGGAAAGGGAAAGGGAGCGCAAAUCCUUCGACCGAGAGAGCGUCGAAUCCUUUGAGAGCUCCUCCAGACGUCGGCGCAGCUUCGGCAGCGGUGGAGAUGUCUACGGCAGUCUGGACAGUCGGGAUGAUUACCGGGAACGGGAUCGGGAGCUGAAGACGCGAUCGCUUCGCAAACCGGCGACGUCAUCCGCUAAGCUGCGCGUCACCGGCGACAUUGACUAUGAACAGGACUCGGAGCAGGAUUUCCAAAGGCAGCGCAGUCUGCAGCGUCCCAGUCAACUGGGCGGAGAUGUGGUGCCAGGUGCUCCACAGCGUCUGAGGAAGAGCAGCGGCUCCAGUCCCUGGGAUGGCGAGGAACCCGCUUUGCCUGGCCAGAAAUCCUGGAAGCGUCCAGCGAGCGCGGCGGAAACGGAGCGUCGUCUGGCCGAGAGUCGACGUGCUGCAGCCCUGGCACAGACGCCAUCCGAUGGCGAAAAGGAUCGCAGAUUCCGCAAGAAAACGCGUGCUCGCAGCACCAAAGAUCUGGCAGCAGUGGGCGCACGCUAUGGCAGUGGGCGUGGCGUGCGGGACAACUACGAUUACAUCAGUUGCCAGCGGAACGACGACGAUGAUGAUGAGGAUUAUGUGGAUGAUGAGCCGCCCACAGAUGAGGAUAAGUUCGAGCGUCUGAAUCGACGACGUCAUGAGAUGCAUCAGCGCAUGAUGGAGUCAGAGCGACGGCACCAGGAGCGGCAUGCUCCAACGCUGGCCAAGCUGCCAGGACAGAAUCGACCACGUGGUGGCGGCGGUGGCGUUAAUAGCGACUAUGGAUUUGUGGAUAGUUACGAGCAGACACCCACGCCAAGAUCGAAUGCGAGCAGCACGGCGGUCAUGAUGAGCGGAGGGGAUUCCUCGGCGGGAGUUGGCGGCAAAUUCAAUUUCGAUGAUGGUUUCGAGUCGGACUUCAAUCAGAGUUCCCCUCCGCCCGCUCCGGCUGGCACCGCCUCCAGUUGCACCUCCACGCCCGCUGGACUAAUCUCCACUAACAGCACAGUGGGUUCCAAGUCGCUGUUUCGCUUUUCCAAUGACUUUUCCGAGCGUGAAAAACUGCAGCAGCAACAACAACAGCAGCUGCAACAGCGGGACAACAACUUUGAAAUGGAGACGCCACCGACAUCGACGCCUCCAAUAACCCAAAAGUUGCGCUUCGAUGACAAUGUGAAGGUAUCGCAGUUCGAUGACGCCGCCUUCGAGGAUGACUUUGCCAAGGCCUCCUUUGACUUUGACAAGGAGCAAUCCUCGCCAGCGGCGCCAUCGGCCUCGAGCCGGAAACAGAACAUGCGAAGCAGCAAACUUCAGCAGCGGCAGGAGCUAAUCAAGAAAUCGGAAUCGGUGAAUAUAUUUGCCAAGAAGCAGGAAGAUCCCUUUGAGGAUGAUGAGUUCUUCAAGUCACCUGAUGAACAGCCGAUGUCUGGCAAGGAUGAGGAUGCCAAUGAUGCGGAUAGGGAUGGCGAUGGCGAUGCCAACAAGUUUCAAUGGAACGAGGACAACAACUUUGCCAAGUUUGAUGAAAACAUGUGAUUUGACCAACUCUUUGCCAAGGCAUCCAACUCCAUCACCUGCCCUGAUCAGCCGGAAAGUGAUGGCGGCAAUUAUGCAGAGAUCGAUGUGAUCAACGAUGGCGAUUUCUUCUACUUGACCAAUCUCAAUCAUUACUACCAGGAGCGGCGACUCCAUGCCUUGCAACAGCUGCAACACCACGAUUACUGCAACGUUCCCAUUGAGCUGCCACAAACCAAGUCCACAUCGACAAGUCCUUGGCAUGAGUCCAAGCCCAAGUGCAGGAUCAAGUUGAAGCCCUUACAGCUGCUGAGAAAGCCCAGAAAA